AUGGAGCCGCACAACGACGCCCGUGCUGCUGUCGGUGUGCCGGCGCUGACGUGGAAUGACACUCUGGCUGCGGAGGCUCUGACCUGGAUCACAUCGCUUGCUACAACAGACAACACCUGCCGCACAGCCACCCGCUCCAGCGCCCUGACCUAUGGACAGAACCUGAUGACGACAAUUGGAAUCGGCCAAUGGACCGGCAGGAUGGUCGUGAACUCGUGGGUGGCGGAGAAGUCGAGCUACACCUACUCGCCUCUAAAUGGAGGGUGUGCAGCGGGCGCCAUCUGCUCGCAUUACAUCCAGAUCGUGUCUCGGGCAUCGACAGCCGUUGGAUGUGCCUCGUACACCUGUGCCGGUGCGGGGGCUCAGCUCUGGGCGUGCUUUUACUCACCCAAGGGACUUGCGAAGGGCUCGUAUCCGUAUUAG